UCGCUCUUUGUCCUCGCGGUGACUGCAUAUGAUCCCACUGAAUGUACAUGAUUUAUUCCUCCGUUUAUACGAUAUAUUCAUCAGACAGAAGAUCGGAAGGAUGGUGUUAGUUCAUGUUGGAUAUCUGGUUCUUCCUGUCUUCGGCUCAGUGAGAAACAGAGGAUCUCAUUUUAACAGGCAUCAGCAGAGUAAUGCUACCUCCUGCCGGCAUUUCCACAUAGGCCCUCAGGCCCAGAUCCCUGUUGAUUUCCCAAUGCCCCAUCUAGGACAAUCUCCGAGCGGGAUGAGUCAUCACCUCGGCCCCGCGCACCAGCCUGCCGCUGCGUUACAUCCCCCCAUCAACCACAUACCAGCACCAUCCUUCCAGGACAUCCAAGCCCCACCCUUCCUACCUCAGGCUUUACACCAGCAAUACCUCAUCCAGCAGCAGAUCCUGGAGGCCCAGCACAGGAGAAUACUUCCACAGCCCAGCAGACACGCUCAAGACAGACCGCUGCAUCACGCGCAGACGCUGCGGCCACCGUAUGAAUAUCCACCAUCCAUUCACGUGCCUCCACCACCACCAGUACCACAACAACCACGAUACCUGGCUGAGGGAACAGACUGGGAUUUGAGUGUUGAUCCAGGUCUACCACAGUAUCACGUUCCUCCACUCUCUCAACAUUAUCAGCAUUACUUGACCUCUCAACGCCUGCAUCACUUCCCCAGAAAUGCGUCAUCUACACAAGUGGUUGUUCAUGAGAUCAGAAACUACCCAUAUCCACAGUUACAUCUGCUGGCUCUCCAAGGUCUCAGUCCAUCUCGGCACGCGUCUGCUGUACGGGAGAGUUAUGAGGAGCUUCUGCAGUUGGAGGACAGACUGGGCAAUGUGAACAGAGGAGCCUUGCAAACCACCAUAGAGAGGUUUACCUUCCCUCACAAGUAUAAAAAGAGAAGACCUCUUGAUCUGAAGAUUGGGAUGGAUGAAGAAGAGCUGGACACAGAUGAGAAAUGCACCAUUUGCCUCUCAAUGCUUGAAGAUGGAGAAGACGUCAGGAGAUUACCUUGCAUGCACCUCUUCCAUCAGGCGUGUGUUGACCAGUGGCUGGCAACCAAUAAGAAGUGUCCAAUCUGCAGGGUAGACAUCGAGACGCAGCUGUCUCCAGAUAGCUGAUAUCUCGGGUAGCACUAGUUCAAAGCUCUGUUGUCUUUCUUCGUCCCUUCGUGGGUACUUUGCCAAAUGUGUGUCAUCUCCAUCACCUCUCACCUCUGACCUUUGCCUUCUGAGCCAACUGAUGAUGAUGUAGACCAGGGAAGAUGCAAAACUCUAAAGUGAAAUCCAGGACAGAAUUGGAGAACACGUGGAGAAGAUUGUUCAUGCAAGAGCUGUUUCAGUAAAGACGAUUUCAGUCAGAUGUUUAAGAUGGUCAGUGCUGCCCUUCAGAUUUCAUAAUGAUCUUGGAUGAAGACAACCAAACGUUCUCAUUGUUCAGUAGGUCAAGGAUGAAGCAUUACAGCAUAACCACCACAAAUGUUCGGAAUAUUACAUGUGACCGGUGAUGAACUUUAAGCGUGCUGCGUUGCAGUUCAAAGUAUUAAGAAUGAAUAAUUUCAGAAAAAACAAAACGAUUAUGGGAAUCAAAGUCAUUAUCAAACAAGAGGUUUGUCUCAUAGUCAAGUUAAUUGAUUGAUCAACUCUGCCUGUGUAAGCCAGCUUUCCACACGAGUAGAGUAAUGAAUCUGUAAUUAUCAGAGGUGAUGCUCGAUGUUUGUUUGUAAUCAGUAAGACCAGGCUUGAUCUGAACCGUGACAGUGUAUUUUGUGCUUGUGGCACCUCCACGCUUAGAAACGUAUCCACAAAACGCAUGAUAAAGUUCGAGGCCAAGGCGCGAUGUGACGUGCAUGAGGACGUUUCCUGCGAGAUAUUCUACUAAUCCUGAAGACACUGUGUUCUCAAUGCAUCUCUAUUGCAUACCCUUUUGACAUUUAAUCACGUGUAGGAUAUGAAUUAUUGUUAAACGGUUUAAUUUUCACUACUUAAAAUGCUAAUUCUUUUUAGCUAAUUACUACUAUUGAUCAUGCUAAGUAUUGAUCUCAGUAAUUAGCAUUUUUACUAGUUCUAAUACAGUUGUUGACAUCAGGAAUACAGUUUUGUACUGUUGUUACAAUGUAAUUAUUGAUAUCAAAAAUGUAUCAGUUUUCACUGUCAAAAUGCUAGUUCUUGAUAUCAGCAAUGGAAUUAUUACUAGUGAAAAUGCUAAUUUUUGAUACAAGUAAAAUUAGUAAAAAAGGUUAAUGCUUGAUUUAAAAAACAAAUACAUAAUUACUUGCAGUAAUACCCAUUCCUGAUAUCAAAAAUGGCAUUUCUUAUAGUAAAAAAUCCUAGUUCUUGUAAUCUGUAAUUGCAUUUUAACUAGUAGAAUUUCACAAUGAUCGGUCAUUCACUCCUGCUCAAAACCAAGUAUGGAUAUCUUUACUAUAAUUUCUGACAAGUUGAUAUUCCAAUUUCACAUUUCAGCAGCGUAGUACUUCUUACUAGUAAAAAUGAUAUUUUUUUAUAUCAAUAAUUACACUAAAAGUACAAAUCUCUAUUCCUGAUGUCAACAAUUGAAAUAGAACUAGUAAAAAUGCUGACUGAUAAGUGAAGAGUAAUUAAAGAUAUCUUAAAAGGCUUUCUUACUUGUGAUUGUAACAUUUUUAGAUAUCUGAAAUCAACAUUGCCACAAGUGAAAACCAAAUUACAGAAUUUUAUUUUUUAAUUUUUGCCAGUUAUUCCAUUGCUGAUUUCAAGAAUUAGCUUUUUUACUAGUUCUAAUUCAAUUGUUGACAUCAGGAAUGGAGAUUUGUACUAUUGCUACAGUGUAAUUAUUGAUAUCAAAAAUUGGUAUACUUUUUUUAAAUCAAUUUUCACUAGUGAAAAUGCUCAUUUUUGAUACAAGUAAAAAUUUUAAUUCUUGUUAAAAAUAUUUUUACAUAAUUACUUGCAGAAAUACCUAUUCCUGAUUCCAUCUAGUAAAAAACCUAGUUCUUGAAAUCUGCAAAUUGCAUUAACUAGUAGAAUUUCACUCCUGCUUAAAACGCAAGUACAGAUAUCUUUAGUAUAUAUUUCUGACAAGAUAUUCCAAUUUCACAUUUCAGCUAAGUACUUCUUACUAGUAAAAAUUAUAAUCAUUUUAUCAUUAAUUGCAUUAAUUGUACAAAUAAAAUUAUCAAUUGAAUUAGUAGUAAAAAUGCUCAUUUUUUAAAUCUGUAAAAUGUAGAUUUGAUUUUUUUUAGAUAUCCAGAACUGGAUUUCAGAUAUUAUUAAAGUGAAGAGUAAUUAAAGAUAUCUUGUGAUUGUAACAUUAUAGAUAACUGAAAUCAACAUUGCCACUAGUGAAAAAACAAAUAACAGGUAUCAAAAAUGAGCAUUUUUACUAGUUGUAAUUCAAUUGCUGAUAUCAAGAAUGGACAUUUGCACUAGUAACAAUGUUAUUAUUGCAAAUGGCAAAUCAUUGUGAAAUUCUACUAGUGAAAAUGCAGUUAUCGAUAAAGAAUUGUUUACUAGUAAUUUCUAUGUAUCUCCGUGAGUGAUGACGUCAUUUUUGAUAAAGAAUUAACGUCUUCACUGGUGAAACACUAAUUACCGAUAUCAAAAAUUAACAUUUUCACUAGUAUUGCUGAUUUCAAGAAUUUGCAUUUUUAUUAGUUCUAAUACAAUUGUUGACAUCAGGAAUGGAGAUUUGUACUAUUGCUACAAUGUAAUUAUUGAUAUCACAAAUUGGUAUAUAAAUAUAUAUUUUUCACUAGUUAAAAGGAUAAUUCUUGAUAUCAGCAAUGGAAUUACUACUAGUGAAAAUGUUCAUUUUUGAUACAAGUAAAAAUUUGUAAAAACGUAAGUUCUUGAUUAAAAAAAUAAAAUAAAAAAUACAUAAUUACUUGCAGAAAUACCCAUUCCUGAUAUCAAAAAUGGGAUUCCAUCUAAUAAGAAACUUAGUUCUUGAAAUCUGCAAAUUGCAUUAACUAGUAGAAUUUCACUCGUACACAGAUAUAAGUACAGAUAUAUUUAGUAUAAUUUCUGACAUGUCGAUAUUCCAAUUUCACAUUUCAGCGAAAUACUUCUUACUAGUAAAAAUAAACAUUUUAAUAUCAACAAUUACAUUGUAAUAGUACAAAUCUCCAUUCCUGAUGUCAACAAUUGAAUUAGAACUAGUAAAAAUUCUAUUUUUUGAUAUUGGCAAAAUGUAGUCAAAAUACAGUUAUCGAUCAAGAAUUGUGUUUACUAGUAAUUUCAAUGUAUUUUCUUGAAUUAUGAUGUUAUCUUUGAUAAAGAAUUAACAUCUUCACUGGUGAAACACUAAUUACCGAUAUAAAAAAUGAACAUUUUAACUAGGUAAAAUGGAAUCAUUGAUAUCUAUAAUGCAUAUCCUGCACGUGAUAGAAUGUCAGAAGGACUUGCGAUGGUCUCUCAAGUUACCACGAGUGAAAUAUGUACCUUAAUGCCUGUAGCACAAGCACACGUUUUACUAGUAACAGCAUAACUGGGUGUUUUCAUUAGCUCUGUGACUUGUGGUAUCGCUUGGUCGUACAACAACAUUUGUAGAGCAGCUCUAAAGUCAUAAUGUGCAUGAAACCUGUUUGCUGACAUUUCUAGAGGACAUAAGGGAGUAAAGCCAUUUGUUUUAUAGAAACCAAACAUAACUUUUCUAAACUGUUCAUUAUCAUGUUUGUCUAUUUCUUUUUCUUACUGUUGCCAACCUGUGUGUGGGCCUGUACAGCUUCUCUACAUAAGUAGCUGCAAUGCUGGAAAUAAUAUUUAUUGUUGUCUUAAUGUAGUUAGCAGUUAUUUUCGUGAAUGCACUCUCUCUGAUGAGGUCGCCUGAUUUCUUUGUGAUUGUUAUUAAACUUACCGCUUUUGCAUUUGCACUCAGUAAUCUGUUUCCUUGCGUAUCGUGCACUCUAUCCAAAACAAAAACAAGGGAACAGACUGUAACAGCACAUUUUAUUUUCACGUAACAAUAGUUGUUGCUGCCUCACUGACCACUUUUUUAAUGUACGUGACUGUUUCCGUAGCAUUUCAGAUGUUUCGAGGAUGUGUUGAAGUGAUGUAGUACAUUUGACAAAAUGACGUUCUUGAUUUUGCUUUUUGCGACUUUUCUGGGUGUCUAAUUCUUGAAAGACUUUAAUUUGAUCGAACAGUUCCAGUUAAUCGUUAAUGUAGCGUGUCAGUGUGCAUUACCCGUGCGUUCGUUUUUUGUGGCUGCGUGGCGCCCAUCUGCGUUUUAUAGUUUACACAUGAUAUUGUGUGUCAAAAUGCCUUAAGUAUUUAACAAUCAUAAUUUAUGACUAACUUUACCUACUAUGGGUGCAUAUUUUAAGUUCUGUAUCACAAUGUAAUCGAUCUAUUUAUUUACAUUACGCGUGUAUAAAUACCUCAUUGUGCUAUACUUUAAUGGGAGUGCUUUGCAUGUGGUUGUGCUUUAGUUUAAAGGGCCAUACGUGUCAAAAAAAUCCAAGGGCGUGCUGAAAUGUGCUUGUAUGUGGUGCUGUAGUUUUUGGUUACAUUCCAUUAAAUGCAAUUUCAAAGAAUCUGUGAGCUAGUAGACAGUAAACUGUUAAAAUGGACUGGAAUAGUUUUGCAUGUCUCUAUUUUUGCACUCUCAGCUUCGCGGCCCUCUCACUGGCAUACUGAAAACAUACGUGCACCACUGUCCGCUCAUCUUGUUUCUCUUAAAAUUAUAAUUCACCCAGAAAUAAAAACAUUGUCAUCAUUUACUUGCCGUCAUGGCAUUCCCAACCCUAAUUAUUUUUGUCUGUGCCACACAAAAAGAGAAUUCUGUUCAGUGACCAUGACUGUCAAAAAAACGAAAGUAUCAAAAAGUCGUUAAAGUGACUUAACAACGGGUUCGUUAUCUCGCGAAAAAAGUUUACACUUAAAACUUCAAAGUCUCCGUAUACAUAAGUCAGGCAUAUGAAUUAUAAUUUGGAAGCUUAGAAUCUGAAAUUUUCAGAGAUAACCAUCACCAAAUAGCAAAAUAAGGCUUCAAAACAUUUGCGUUGAAAUGUAGCGCCCCCUAGAGGUAAUUUCGUAGAAGUCCUUCACAUAGCACAUAAAUGGACAAGUCAUAUAUCAAAUGAAAGCUCUCAUUCUCAGGAAUGUGACUGUACAGUUUAUUUUGUUGCCUUAAUACCACAGUUUGAAUGAUUAUCAAAAUCAUAUUUUUGGGGGGGGCGAUUUCGGACAGCUAUUGAAACUGUUCAAACUGUUGCUCCGACAUUAUAGUAGUUGAGUUAAAAGAGAAAACUCACCAUAAAAGUGGAAAGUUAAUACUAAUUUCGCUAUAGUGAGUUGUGAAUUGCGGUCGGACAUAUUUCAGAAAGCAACAAUGCGUGAAAUCGGGCUUGCGUUUUAAGUUGCAUCUGCAUUCACGUACUUGCGUAGAGUAUGUUUCGUCCCUUAAGAUGCUUUUGUCAUUUUUGGAGUUUGACAGACAUGGUCGCUAUGGUUUUUAUGGAAAAAUUUUAAUGACAGGAUAGUUAUUUUGACAGAACUUUUAUUUUUGGGUGAACUUUAAUUUAGUGUUUGAACGGGUGGUGGAUUAAAUGCUUGUUUACUGUGAUUAUAGCUGCUUGUCUCUUGUCCAUUUGACUUUACUUUAGCUUUUGAUUACAGGUGUAUUUUUGUAGAUUUCAAGUGAUGCUUAUUUUGCCUAUUAGUAGCAAAUUUGUUUCCUUUUUUGUAUUGUUACUUCAUAAGAGGAGCUUUAAAAUGUCUGAAUGCAUUAAUACCGAUAGUAUUAUAGUAUAGAUACCGUAUGUUUCUUUUCUUAUGGUGUCAUAUUACACAAUAUUCUGCCAAAACAGCAUUGUGUUUUAAAGUAGAAAACACUACCAUAUUGAUGUGGCAGAUAAUCCAGAUGAGAUUUCGGUUUCUGCCAUACAAAAUGAACAGUCAAGUGGAAUUUUAUCUGGAAUACUGGUUAUUUUCUAGAUUUGUGCUCAUAUAAACACUUCCGAUGGUUUCAGUAAACGAUACAAGUAAGAAGAAAAAGUGAAAAAUGGCUUUAUAUUUCAUGAUUUUCUUUCUAUAGCCUGUGUAGCCUUAAAGUGUCUUUGGUUUGAUCCAUUUCUCCUGCAGAUUUUGGACAUAAGCAAUAGUAGUAUCAUGUGUCGCUAACAGACUGAUUCGUAGAUUCUAAAGCACAAGCUCUGUAAUGCAUGUCUUUCUCAGGUUUUAAUAUGCGUAUGAGAAUGGAUACAUACUGUAUGUUAAAAUAUUUCUGAUGUUUUUCUGCUGCUGACAAAAAAAAAAAGAAAAUAGAAACAAAAAAAUAGUUAACCUGCCAGUGAAGGGAAGAGGCUCUUUGUACGAGACACUGCUGUGUGCUGUUACUGCGCAAUGUUUCUGACAUCAGUAUUUUAUAGCUCAAGUAGUAAAUAUUGACAAUAUUUAAGCAAUAGCUUGGUGAUUAUAAUGUAUGAUAUCUAGAUAAGUGUUUAUUGCGUUAAAAAAAGAAAAUCUUAUUCACUUUUGGUGGAUUUUGUACUGUAUUUAUUACUAAUGAUGAUGCAAAAAGUUGCAUAGCUUAACCCAAAUUUUCUUUUUUUUUUUAUUUCUUGUCUUGUAUAUGACCCUUUUUGUAUGUGUUUUUUUUUUUUUUUCAAAUAAAAUGUUGAAAAUGCUUAAAGGUAA